AUGCUGCGCCGUCUAGCCUCACUUAGUCACCAAGACUCCAACGAGACUCCACACGAGCACAUGUCACCGCAGCCAGGAGAUGGUCAAUCAUCCCCAGAUACGUCCCGUCAGGGUGGCCUUGCCCAUGUUCUGCGAGGCCUGACAAGCUCCAAGCUCUCUAAAUCGUCGCCGUCUAUAGCAUCACCUUCGUCUACAACCGCUCUACCGACUGCCGAGUUCGUCCAUGCUCCUCUUUCAGCAACUUCUACGAACCCACCCUACGGGCUAUCCUCUAGUCAUAUGGAAUCGUUUGAGCUUCUCAAGAAUGGCUCCCCCAACGAGCGUAUCACUGCUGCCAACUCACUGAAGUACGCGAUCGCCGAGUACCCUCUGAACCCGGUUUUGGAUAUUUGGUAUGCUGCAAAAGACCUUAUCGAUCCUGCAAAGCCUGCAGCGGCACGAACAGCUGGUUGGGAGCUCUUGACAGAGUGCGUGAAGCAUGAGGCUUCUUCAGACCUUGAGCGCCAAGAAUAUUUUACAACCCUAUCAGCUCCCGCAAACUCAGAGGAUUUCCAUCUACAAUUGGCCGCUCUUGUGGACCUCACUCGACGGGGCCGAGUCUUAACAGGCUUCGAUUACGAACUUGUUCCUCUGCUGACCGGUUGGCUAUGGGAAUCGUACAACGUGGUGCGCGCAGCUAGGAGGAAAGUGUCCAGAAGUUCGAAAGGCUCGUCCCGAAGUAAAGUUGUAGCUUCUGGUGAAGAGAAAAAUCUUGCUCAGCUAUUCAAUUUUCUCAUCGACGUCAUCAAGUUCAGCUUCAAUAAUGCAGACGAAUCAGCUGUGACAGCAUUAAUCGACCGGUUAUUGGCUAUUUGUAUGAGUACCAGUGUGGAAGAAGAUCUGAGAUCGAGCAUUGCAGUUAUUGAUGCCAUCGUGACAUUUGGGUCUAUUCCGGACGACAAGCUCAAAGGUUGUGUUCAAGUACUCAGCUCUAUAUAUUGUAUGGUGGGAAGCCUCCAAAAGGACGCCUGGAACACGAUUUCGAAUCUGUUCAAAAGCCAUAAUGGACAGGCGACCGUUCGCAUUCUUCUCGACAUUUUGCGAAACAACCCUGCCGAUAGAGCCAAGGAGAAGGAUACCAACAGAGAACUACGCGGCGCCCUAGCCGUACUGCAGAAACUCCUAUCCAAAACCCCCGAGAAUGGUUACCCUGGUGUUCCUUUUGCAUUGCUGGCCGACGGACUUGCUACUAUCGCGAGAUCUGGAACAUUCAUCAAAACUUCGACUGCAGUUCUCCAGCUUCUCAACGCACUCUUCGACGAUGGAGAGGGAAGCAUGCAUCGCUUGAUAAUCGACGAGGACUGGUCAGUUAUCCUCGAGGCUGCCGCAGCUUGUUCCAAACGAGCAGUUCCUGGACCACAUGAUCUUGACGGCUCUCGUAGCCCUGUAAGGGAGGACAAGCCUGAGGAAGGACUCAGCCGAGAACUCAUCAUUCUCAUCAAACGGCUUGACGUACUGAUCAACCAAAAGUCAGAAUUCUUUGUCCCUCGGGCAACCGUCGUUUCCUUUCUUACCGAGGUCCACCAGUUCCUCCCCGAUGGAACUGCAUCAUCAGUCUUGAACUACUUUCAACAGUUCAGAUGUUGCUCUCCAUCUGACCUUCAAUGGGAAGAGAACCUGGCCCUGGUUCUCAAAGGAUUCUUCGGCAACAGAGACCGAUCAUCUCAGAUCAGGCUUCGGGCACUCGAGACGAUCAUGGAUGCUUACGAGGUUGUGGAUUUGGUGGGCGAUGAUCCUGAAGAGAGCUUCAUUCCCCAAUUGGCCAAGAGCGUUCUUCAAGAUGUUGCCGAAGAAACGGAUGUAAUUGUCCUCGAGGGCAUCAUGUCGCUCAUGGUUUCCGUGGUGGUGUCUUGUGAUAUGGAACUUUUCGAUUAUAUCGUUGAUGCUCUCAGAGGUAUCGUGAUUGGAGACAGGCUCAAAUCACCGAUGUCGGUACCGCCAUCUCCCAUUCCGCUCACACGUGCAUCUUCCGAUGAUCGCUUGCCUCCUGAACAAUCACCAUCGAACGUGGUGGCUAAAGGCUAUGUCAAAAUGUUUGUGCAGACCAUGGAUUAUGAUGGUGGAAAGUCUUUGAGGUUAUACCAUGCGCUGGUCAACAUUGUUAAAGCGAACCACUGUGAAGUGGAUGCUCGCUUGACCGCCAUGAAGCUCUUGUUCAGGCUGCGUGCUGACUGGGCUAACCGCAUCUUUAUCACGAAAACUCUUGAGACUAACUUCGUCGCCCCCAAUUUGUGUCGAACCCCCGAGAGCUAUGCGAAGAAGCAGGCCGAAGAGGCUGCGCAGUCUUUGCGCCUAUUAAGGAAUGAACAUGGUGGAUCUUCCAAGUCUGCGCGUGGUAUUCCGUUCGGUCAAGGACAAAACCACGAAAGGGGGAUGCCGAUGCGGUCUGCAAGUGUAGCGGCUGGCAGUGGUCUGGUGGGGAGCACUGGUAGUGCAGGUCGGUACUAUCAGCUUUGGAGCCUUCCUGAUCCCGAUGCUCUUCCUGAUUCUGUCAUGGGUGUCUUUAGUCCGAUUCUGGUUUCAUGUCAUCCCGUCUCUGAAGAACAGGAGCCAAUGGAUGAGUCUGGAAAUCAAAGCGUUUCUGGUACUGGCGCUCUCGAUGUCGCGAUCUGGCUUGAGGCAGUCCUUAGUCUGUUGCAUGGUUGUGAUUGGGAAGUUUACAGUUUUGCGCUGGUUCAUCUUCCUUCGCAGCUAAGUAAUCAUGCAAUUUUCAGCAGCGCGAUUCCUCAGAUCCAAGGGCUUCGAAGGCUUAUUUGCGAGCAAAUCCGGACAAACUCCUUCCAAGAACCACCAAACGUCUCUGGCCUGAGGCGGGCCGAUGUGGCAAUCUGCCUUUUCCACAGUCUGACCAUGAUCCUUAGUUAUCAUGAUCACUUUCAAAAGGGGGACGAGGACGAGAUUGUCAAAACAUUUGUACACGGUAUCGCCACUUGGGAACGAAGUGCAAAGUGCUGCAUCCAUGCUCUGUCUAUAUGCUGCCACGAACUGCCACUUUCUACUAGCAAGUCUUUGGUGCAACUGUUGACCAAGAUGGCUACCAUCAUUACUCAACCCCAUGUUUCGAUCCAUAUCCUCGAAUUUUUGGCUUGCCUCAGCCGUCUACACCAUGUGUAUGUCAACUUCAGAGAAGAGGAAUACAAGAUUGUAUUUGGUAUAUGUAUUCGAUAUCUCCAGUCAGUGAGGGAUAAGAAGGGCUCCAAUAGGAAUAGUCAUGCCAGCGAACCUUCUACUCCAGCCAACUCAACACCCAGUCUCUUGGAUGCCGUACAUCCAAGUGCAACGGAUGACCUACCGCAAUACGUGUAUGCAUUGGCAUAUCAUGUAAUUCUCUUUUGGUUCCUUGCGUUGAAGCUGCCUGAUCGCGCCAACUUAGUUGGAUGGCUUGUCAGAAACAUAUACAGCGAAAUCGAAGACGGUCACACAGAUAACGAGCAGGCACUCACCUCGAUCGACUUCAUGCAAAGAUACACAUAUGCCGACGUGGAAGAAUCUUCUCAAGACCCUCUCUUUACUCCAGACCGGUUCGGUGAGAUUAUAAAGAAGAGAUGGCUAGUUGGAUACAGCAUUGUUACUGUAAGGCAAGCCACAACCACUGGCUGGGCUCAGAUCGUCAAGAGACAACCCUCCGGUACCUCGGCAUUUACAAUUCGAGAGACGUUUGAUCCACCACCACCUCAUCAGACGCCUAACUACGUGGACAUCAGUAGAGAGGGACAAGUAUCAACCAAUACUAUCUUACCUAGCCAUAUUAUGGUACAGCUCAUGUCAUCUAUCCCGCAGGGCCAUGAUCUAUCACGUCCUAUUCCCCUCCCCGAAGACGACGCUGUUGACAGAGCUAUUCGGGUUUUUGACCGGAGCUCCACUGUUGAUGGACACAAAGUCGGCGUUAUAUACAUCGGCGAGGGACAGACCGAUGAAGUCGAGAUCCUCGGCAACGUGUCAGGCAGCAGUGACUACAUGGAGUUCCUUAAUAAUCUUGGUACGUUGACAAAGCUCAAAGGGGCGACCUUCAACACUCAUGGCCUCGACCGCGAAUUCGAUUCAGAUGGCCAGUAUACCUUUUGCUGGCGGGAUCGCGUCACAGAGAUUGUGUUUCAUGUCACAACACAGAUGCCUACGAACUUGGACCAUGACCCGCGAUGCACUCUGAAGAAACGUCACAUUGGCAAUGAUUUCGUCAAUAUCGUCUUUAAUGACUCAGGCCUGCCUUUCAAGUUUGAUACUUUCCCGGGCGACUUCAAUUUUGUUCACAUUGUCAUCACACCUGCGUCGAGGGCGUCGUUUAUUGCUGCUAGAGACACUUCGAAUCACAACCAGCCGUUCUACCGAGUUCAAGUUUUGAGCAAGCCGGGAUUCCCUGAGAUCUCCCCAGCCUCAGAGAUGAAAAUUGUGUCAUUGAAAGCCCUGCCCGGCUUAAUUCGCUUGCUGGCACUGAACGCUUCUGUGUUCUCUCACGUGUGGGCCAAUCGUGAAGGUGGCGAACAUGUAAGCUCUUGGAGAAGCCGUCUUCGGGCCAUCAAGCGGCUCAGAGAGAAAUACACACCGUCAGGUUCUGGGCAACUCACACCAUCAGCCUCACAAAAUUCGUCUCUCGGGGGUGCAACCUCAUUGCACCAACAGCAACAAUUUCAACAACAAGGAGAUGCAUCGUCUUCGCGGCCAUCGAGCACCGUUCGCGAUAGCUUUACCAGCCUCCGUCGUACAAGCGUGGCCACCUUUUUCACAAGCACUAGUGAGCAGACCUCGCAUCGGUCUUCGAUGUUAUCAUCAUCUACCACAACCAAUGACACCGAGGUCGGAACAUUACAUGGACAAGAUUCGCACACCGAUACUGUCGACUUUUCCAAAUGGGCAUGA